CGUCCACACCAUUCGCUGACGCAGCCGCCCCCCGCCCCCAACUCCCAUUCCUCCCAGUAUCUCUGUCCGCAGCCCCCCAGGCCGUUCCCUCCCUGCCGCCGGUUCUCCCCCGGGCGCGUCCCCGGCGAGCCGAGCCCCCUCCCCAGCCCGCGACUGCGCCCUGGGCCCCGAGCGCCCCGCCCCACCCGAGAACGUGCGCUGAGGCGGCCCCACAGGGCGCAGGCCCCGACCUUCAGCGUCCACCGCCUGCUGCCCGCAUCCGCCUGCCCGGCGUCCGAGCCCUUCAGCGGCGACGGGCGGAGCUGGAGCCCCGGGCCUGGGCGCCGGGUGGGCUCCUGGGAGGGUGAUGAAGCAGGCCCUGGUGGACGAUACCGAGGAUGUGUCCCUGGACUUUGGAAACGAGGAGGAGCUGGCCUUUAGGAAAGCCAAGAUCAGACACCCCUUGGCCACCUUUUUCCACCUGUUUUUCCGAGUGAGUGCCAUCGUCACCUACGUGUGCUGCGACUGGUUCAGCAAGAGCUUUGUGGGCUGUUUUGUCACGGUGCUGUUCCUCCUGUCCCUGGACUUCUGGUCUGUGAAGAAUGUAACCGGAAGACUCCUGGUGGGCCUUCGAUGGUGGAACCAGAUAGAUGAAGAUGGGAAGAGCCACUGGAUCUUUGAAGCCAGGAAGGUCUCUCCGAAUAGCAUUGCUGCCACAGAAGCUGAAGCACGAAUCUUCUGGCUGGGCCUCAUAAUCUGCCCCAUAAUAUGGAUUGUGUUUUUUUUUAGCACCUUAUUUUCCUUGAAGCUAAAGUGGCUGGCUCUGGUGGUUGCUGGGAUCUCUCUCCAAGCUGCAAACCUGUAUGGCUACAUCCUUUGUAAGAUGGGAGGCAACAGUGACAUUAGCAAGGUCACAGCCAGUUUCCUGUCCCAGACAGUGUUCCAGACGGCCUGCCCAGGUGACUUUCAGAAGCCUGGCCUCAAGGGGCUGGAGAUUCACCAGCAUUAGGCUUUCUUAUCUUCAGAGGCAGAAAUGGCUUAAACAGGAGUUUCUACAAUCGACUAAGCUUCCGACACAGCAGAAUCCCACGGUCCCACAACCCGUUUGUUUUUUACGUGAAACAGGCCUCAGGGGAGAGGUUUGAGGGGUUUUUAUUCUUAAAACGGCACAUUUGUAGAGAAUGCCCUUUAUAUAUGUUCUAAAGAAAAGUGUACAAAUACUCAAUGAUUAAAGUGUCUCUGAGAAAGUGGCUUUGGACCA